UCUGCUUAGGGGUCGCCAUCGGCUGCUGGAAUCGUCGGCGUCGUCAGCGCAUGCUUCAGCCGCAGAAGCCCCUAAAGCGGGUCAUUAUCAUUGAUCCGGACCCACAUGCCAUACAGCCUUUGGUCGUCCCACAAGAGAGAAUCGACUAUAGACCGGGAGGACAUCGCCUGUCUUCCAAGUUCACUGAUGUUUCCAAGUACCAGUUGCCUUUGGACACCAAGUGGGAGUUCCCCCGCGAAAGGCUGGUUCUAGGAGAUCGCCUAGGCGAAGGCCAGUUUGGUCUUGUAGUCAAGGCCCAAGCAUUUGGCAUCUUUAAGGACAAUAACUCUGUCACGGUCGCAGUCAAGAUGUCGAAGGAGGGUUCAACUGACCGUGAAAUGAUAGAUCUCAUUCGGGAAAUGGAGAUGAUGAAGUUCAUAGGCCAGCACAAAAACAUCAUCAACUUACUGGGCUGCUGUACUCAGAGCGGUCCUUUGUAUGUCAUCGUGGAGUUCGCGCCAAACGGGAACUUGCGAGACUACCUGAGGAGUCACCGGCUUGUGGGCUCCAGCUUCGCCUGUGUUUCGGAGUACAAGCGGCCGACCGUGGCAAUGGUCCCUAACAACUCGGGAACGUCAGUCGCCGAGACCAAAGAGCAGAAGGCGGUGACACCCAAGGACCUCAUCUCCUUUGCCUACCAGGUGGCUCUCGGCAUGGAGUAUCUGGCUUCCAGACAGUGCAUCCACCAAGACCUGGCGGCCAGGAACGUCUUGGUGGCGGAGGAAUACGUCCUCAAAAUCGCUGGAAACGGCCUCACGCGCAAUCCUCAGCACUCGGAGUACUGGAAGAAGAAGACAAGUCGUCCACUGCCAAUCAAAUGGAUGGCACCGGAAACAUUAUUCCAUUGGAAGUACACUUGGAAAAGUGACGUGUGGUCGUACGGGGUGCUGCUGUGGGAGAUCUUCGCGCUAGGUGGGAAUCCUUACCCGUCAGUACCCGAGGAAGAUCUGUUCGACCUUCUGAUGUGCGGUCACCGAAUGAGCAAGCCACCCUACUCUACCCCUGAAAUGUGA